AUGCCCGACCCCUACCAGCACGUGCUCCCGCACGCCGUGGCGGCCGUCCGCGCGGCGUCUGCCCUCGCGGCCAAAGACAUCCAGUUCCACCGGUCCAUCGACCACAAAACGGGCCUCCGCUUCGCCGCGUCGGGCCAGCGGCUCUUGGACCUCGCCAACCGGCUCCUCGCGCCCGACGCCACCGCACCCGCGGACGCGCCCACGUUGCCGUUCGGCGAGACGCCCGCCGCCAGCGACGGCCUGUGGAAACAGGUCUCGGACGCGCUUGACGUGCUCUUUGACCGCGCGGACCAGGCCAUGGACGCCACCAAACAGCCGCCGGGCGGGCCGCACGGCAUGCGCUUGGACGACGCCGCGCCCGUGCCGCUGUCCGCGGCCGUGGCCGAGAAGCCGCAGGUGCAUUUCGGCGAGCCCGUCGACAACUCGGACGCCCACCCGUUCGUGCCGCGGCUCGCGGCCAAGCCGCACGCCAUGCGCCCGUUGGCCGAGUGCCUCGUGCUCCAGGCGCCCGCCGACGCGCCGGCCCAAUACGCGCAGCCGUACGCGGAGGAAAUCGCGCAGUCCGCGUACCCGGCCCACGUGCAGCAGCACGCAGAGGUGCAGGCGCCGGUGGACUGGGCCUCGUCCGCCGCCACGUGGGUGGCCACGCCCGCCGCGUUGGCCGCCAUGGUGGCGCAGUUGAAGCGCGCGCAGAACAUCGCCGUGGACGUGGAGCACCACGAUUUGCGCUCGUACUACGGGCUCACGUGCUUGAUGCAGAUCUCCGACCGCCACCACGACUGGCUCGUCGACACGCUCGCGUUGCGCGACGCGCUCCAGCCGCUCAACGACGUGUUCGCGGACCCGCGCAUCGUCAAGGUGUUCCAUGGCGCCAACAUGGACAUCGUGUGGUUGCAGCGCGACUUGGGGCUCUACGUGGUGUCGCUCUUUGACACCUACCACGCGGCGCGGGCGCUCGGCUUGCCCCGCCUCUCGCUCGCGUACCUCCUCGAGACGCUCGCGCACUUCCACACGCUGAAGAAGUAUCAGCUCGCGGACUGGCGCGUGCGCCCGCUCCCGCCGCAGAUGGUGGACUACGCCCGCGCAGACACCCACUUCUUGUUGAGCAUCUACGACCAGCUCCGCAACCGCCUCGUGGCCGCGGGCCGCGUGCACGACGUGCUCGACCACUCGCGCCGCGUCGCGGCCCGCCGCUUCGAGUACGUGCGCUUCCGCCCGCCCGGCUACAACGCGGGCCUGUUCCACCACGACGCCGCGUCCCCGGACGCGUUCAGCGCGCUGCACAACAUCCCCGCGUCCAGGCUCGCGUUGGUGCGCUCGCUCUUCGCGUGGCGCGACGCCUUGGCCCGCGCCCUCGACGAGUCGCCGCGCUACGUGAUGCCCGCCCGCGUGCUCGUGGCCUUGUGCUCCUUGGAUCCGCCCGUGGCCCCGCGGCUGGUGGCCGCCUGCUUCGCGGGCUCCGGCAAGAUCCUCCGCGACAACGCGGACCUGUUGACGCUGUUGGUGCAGGCCGGCUACGCCGACAUGGCCCGCACCGCGGAC